AUGGUGCACGUAUACUCGCAGAGCUUCCUCUACAACCACUCCUGGGCGCAUGUGAACUUGGGCAUCUGGCACAAGUAUCCAAAUCCCAAGUGUGCGCAUGUUAUCUCUGUAGAUGUUGUCGAUCGCUCGGUGGAUCCAGUAACCGGUGUGAUCCGCACUGAGAGGAUAUUGGGUUGCAAACAAGCAGCCCCACGAUGGAUAGUCAAACUACUCGGAGGUUCUGACGACGCGUUUGUGCGUGAGAUAUCAUUUGUCGAUCCUGUCACUGCUCGGACGACUGUUACCUCCGUGAACCUUUCCUUAUCUCAAUACGUAACGGUCCUAGAAAAGAUUGUCUACGAGCCUACACGUGGUCCGGAUGGACGAAUGCAAACCCUUUUCUCUCAGACCGCCGAAAUCCAAGCUCGAAUGGCAAUUUGGCGGAGUGCUGGCGAACGAUUGGAGAAGUUUAGCGCAGAUCGAUUCGGGCAGAAUGCACAGCUCGGGCGUGAAGGGUUCGAAGGUGUACUCAGGAUGCUCCUGGAGCAAAAACAGGCACAGCGAGCAUAA